ACCCCCACACACACACACAGACACACACACACACCUCCUCUUCCCCACUCCAACCCGCCCUCUCAGUUGGAAAGCCUUGCUGCUUUACUGGCGUCAUGCCCUGUAGCUUCUAGGGUGGGAUCUGGAUCAAGUCAGUUUACAGAAGAGAGUUUUAAAAAAAAGAGAGACAAAACAUUCCUCUGCCUUUUGAAUCACGCCAAGCACUGAAGAGCCUGAGAAGAAAAGUGUCAAGAAUGGAGAAGAGGAACGGAACACAGAACACCACUGGUAGCAGCACUGAGCUAUCAGUUGUGAUUCCAGAUGAUGCUCCCGAAUGCUUCAUCUGUCGAGAGCUGGAAGUGACAGACCGUGAUUCCUUGCUACAGUAUUGCGACUGCAAGAGUUUAGUUGCUCAUCACAAGUGUUUGCUGACCUGGAUACAAAAGGGCCCCAGGAAUGAAGACAGGCUGAGUUGUAAAGUAUGCACAGCUGAGUACCACCUGCAGACUGGCUCAGCGUGGAAGCUUGUUGCCUGCCGUUGGCAGAAUUGGUUGAUUCUCGCUGUAAUCCUGGGCCUAAUGACCAUUGUACCGUUCACCGUGUACAGGAUGAUGACAGCCUUCCAUGACCCACCACCUCAUUCUGUGUUCAAAGCAGCAUCUAUUUGUUUCGGAUUGUUAUCAGAAACUUUCCUGAUCAAGACUCUCAUCUAUUGCUGCACCAGCAAGUACAGAAAAGCCAAAAUGUCCUCGUUCUCCAUCAGGGGAAGAAGAUUGGAGAAACGCGACAGAGGUAGGAACCUUCUGUGGCUGCCUGGUCAGAGCCCAACAGCAGCUGCAGCAAGCAGAAUGGAAGCAAGCAAGCAGGAAGCAGCCAGACCGAGCAAAGGCCUGGGCCUGGAGCGGUGUGUGUGAGCAGAACAUCACAGACGAGGCCAAGACUCAAGGAUAACCGCCCCCACCCCCACCCCACCAACCCCGGCGGCAAAGGAAAACAGAUUGACUCUUGGUGACUCAUUUAGCUUCUGGAAUGGGCAGUCUUCUCCCCUGCUGGCACUCUGGCUGCACG